AUUACACUACAGCUCUCACUGCUGCUUUAUCUCUGUAUAACCGGUCACGCUGCCAUUUCGUGCUAAUGGCUCUCAUCUCUUUUGAGGAUCUUGCUGAACUGGAUGAUGAGCAGUUAGAUGAAAUGACGGAUGACGGGAUGCAAGAAAGGCUACUUGCUCACUGGCGAGAUGUGGGUAGGACUCAUCAUGUCUCAGUUCCAAGAGAGAUGGCUGGACCUAUUGCGGAGAUGACCAGGAGGAACCAGGAAAUGGAAAAUGAACAAGUUCCUUUUGUUACCAUCUCAAGACAUGAAAAGCUUGGGGAGGUGAUGUAUGAGGAGAGAGUGUAUCCACCAGGUAAAUGGGCGUGUAUCAGUGUAGAAGACAAGCUGUAUGAGCAGAGCAUCUCGAAUGGCUUUAUGAAACUCAUGCGCUUCAUCUGCAAGGAGAACUCAGCUGGUCGUUACUUGGGCAUGGCAGUGCCGGUUUUGAACGGGAUAACGAUGCUGGGGGACUCCAGCGGCUUUGAUAAAAAUGUGCUGACGGCAUUCUACCUGCCUGCAGAGUUUCAGGCCGACCCACCCCAGCCUGCUGACCCCGAUAUAGCCAUUGUUCACAGGGACUCGAUCCGAGUGGUCACCCGGGUUUUCUUUGGAACUACCACAGAAGAGACCAUCUCACAACAGAUCAGCCUGCUCUGGGAGCUCCUGGGACCGUCCGACAACUUUCAUCAAGACACAUACAUGGUGGCCGUUUACGAGAACCCUGGGGUGCCAUCUCGCCGCAACGAGAUCUGGUUUAUCCGCAGGAACCUAUAAAGGCAUUUCACUGUAACCUUUACCCCACAAACACACACAACCAUUGUUCACCCCCACCCCUGUGGCACCAGAGAGAAGGUACAGGGAGUGGCAUGAAAUAGACUGGAUGGAGAUUAAAUGUUAUAGGAUUGCGGUGCAGAUUUCAGGUCAGGUUGUGUCAAUAAGUUUUUGUGCAUGAUGUAUAAGGUGGUGCAGUGCUUUCGAAAUCUAAAAAUAUUGUGGUUUGAGUAGUGUAGCCAGAAUCACAGUAGACAAAAUUCUCAGCUUGUAAGCUACAUGUUAUAAAGAAUAUUUUGUGUCUGUGUUUGGAUGAUCUCUUUCAGAUUGUUUGUACCCCACAAAUCUGGAUUUAUAAAGGUCACUCACUUAUGUUUAGAACACUAAAAAGCUGGGGUCAGUGGUACCCACAUUGCUGUACCUCAGCCAGGUUGUAGAUGACUGGCAGGAGUUACAUAAUUAGAUGUGGACAUUUUCAUACAGCUUGAUGUAAAGGAAGGACAGGGUGCCAAUUCAUUGCAGGGCUUUAGCUACCCUCAAACAUAGCCAUGUCUGUGUAGACUCCCUGCAGGCCAAUAGCAGUAGUGACGAUGGCCUAUUAGGUUAAUGGGCGAUUAACCUGUUGCUCUGUUUUUAUCUCCCACCUUUUAAAAACAUGCCACUAGGUAGAUUGCCCAGUUGUACCUGCGAUGUACAGGCACCUGACCAGAAAAAGAGAUAAGUGAGAAAGUUCAAAGUCUAACUGUAAAAUGCCUAAGGUAUAAUGCCUAAAAUGUCUAAGUUUAUGCUUAAAUUAUAGUAAAUACUAUAUGGAGAUUUAUUCUUAUUCAGUAAGUAGUGAGAGUGAACAUUAACAAGUAAACUACUUUGAUGUAGUUUUAGGUCAAAUAAGAUAAGUAAUUAUUGCUCUUUUUUAAACGUAGCAUCCACUGUUUCCCUGUGGUCGGUAAAGUAUGAUGUCUUUCAGUAUUUUAUUGCAUAUUAAUGAAAACCAAUUUUAUUUGUAUUAAUGUAACCAUGAUGCACCUUAAUGUAACUGUGAAACACUCCACUUGCUCGACAAUCAUUUAAAUCUUUAAAGUGGUCUUAUCAAAUGAGUUCUCUUAAACCAAGUGCACACUACACAACUUUAAAUUAUCAUACGUCACACAUUACUCAGUCUUCUAGAAUAAGUGGAAUUUUGAUUGUAGAUCAAUGAUCAGUCCCCAAUUAGGGGGUCAUAUUGUGUGCAAAUUGUAGCUUGGGUUGUGCAGUGGUAAAAUACGCUAGCCCACUACCGCCAAGAUCUGGGGUUUGAAUCUCAGCAGUGCUAUCGGCCGAUAGGGCUAUGUCUGAUGGUGGUGGCCAAACAGCCUAGCUAUUGGGAGGUGCACUUGUCAGUUUGCUCUCAGUGCCAGUCCCAAGCACAAAUAGAAAUAAGGAGAUUUGCUCCAAAAACAGUAAACUGCAUAAAACCAGAUAUUCGGACCAGAAUGAUCCGCUGUGGCGACUAAAAUAUUGGAGCAGCCUAAGAAGUUUGGUGAAUUUCCCUGAAAAUUUGUCAGUAAAUGGAAAAACAGGCAUGUAGUUGUGUAGUGUGUGCUAGACAAUACAGACGCGGUAAAUACAUUCACCAACUUUGCUACAACAUACCAAAGGUUCAUAUAGCCAGAGUAAUUAGGGGCCAUUCCAUGGAUUAACUACUGUGACUAUUUAAUACUUUUUAUUUAAUUGAAUUAUUUCAGGAUAAAAUUUAAACAUUUUGUUAUAAUCACAAAAGCACCAAAGAAAAUAUAUUAAUAUUUUUACUUACUGUGAGCUUACUGAAAUGAUUUAGAGAUUUAAACUUGUGUAUAUGUAGGCUGACUUGCUGUAGUAUACAGUCUAUUUGACCACUAGGUGGACAAAGCUUUAAUUUUGCUUUUAGGAUGUCCUGACCUUGUUCUUAGUUUAGAGGAGCAGUUCUCAACCCAGCACACAUAAAGGUACAGCCAGCAUUCUCUACAGCAGCAUAUUUCUCUAUACAUUAAUGCAUAUGUGCAGCCAGUUGCAGCCCAGCCUACAAAAACUGCUGGUUAAGAAAAAAAUGAUAAAACUUUAUUUUUAUUGAAACACACAUGGAUAAUUUGUGAAUGUUCCUCUGUGUGCCACUUUCCUUUCUGCAUUUGUGUUUCUCAUAUUUAUAUAGAAUGUCUAUUUUAUGUUAUAUACUGAUGUUUGUUUCACUGUAAAUGUACAUUUAUUGUGCUGUGGAUGUUAAACUGAUUGUUAGUUUUUUAUUAGAUAUUCUCUACUGUUCAGAAUAAAGCAACAUGACAACUUUAAUGGUUAUUUAAUGUGUUUUUUGCACAUUAUGUUGUGUUUUGGAUUUGAUUUUGAAUCAUCUAAUGACAGUAAUACCUUAUUUAACAGAUUUUAGAAAAUGAAAUCAUCAAAAAUUGAUUUGGCCUGUUGCACUUUGAAUGUACAGGAAUCAAGGCCGUAAUUACAAUAUAUUGUGGUGAUAUGCACAAAAUGCCCCCAAUAUACCCAUGUAAAAAUAUAAAUAAACAUAUUUCACUCACUA